AUGGAGCGGGCCGAGGCCGAGGCGGUGUCGCGGACGCGAGGCGAAAUCGCGGAGCAGGUGGAGUGCUUCGAUCGGGUGGAUCGGUUGAGGGAAGCCGCGGCGGAGGCGAAGCGACGCAAGCGCGAAGCCGCGGGAGGGGCGAAGACGGCGCGGCCGACGGUCGGGACGGCGACGCGUAGCGAUAGCGAUAGCGAUGAUAGCGGCGAUGAUGUCGACGAGCUCGUCAACUGGCGGUCGAAGAAGCUGUGA